AUGCCCAGGGCGCGCAAGGCAGCCAACAGUCGCCGCCCGCACUCGCUGGCGGGGGGGGAGUUUGCUGCACUCAGGCUAGCCCACAACCCCACAGGAGGCUCUCCAGAAUCCACCACCGCUCUGCACCGCUCUCCACUCUCCUCGUCCUCCCGCCCGAUAAAUCCCGUUGCUGCUGUCGCCCUGGCCACUCUGCCCCGCCCCUCCACCUCCUCUCCUGCCCCUCCUGCUUCCCCUUCUGCUGGUGCAGCGGAUGAGAGUGGGAGUGGGAGGAAGCGGCAGAGCAAGAAGGGCAUGAGGCAGGCAGCUGGGGGAGGGCCGGCGGCAGCGGUGGUGCAGCAGUGGAUGGGAGCGGUGGUGGCAGCACAGCCUGCCAUGGUGGCAGCACAGCCUGCCAUGGUGGAUAUUCCACGAGCUGCCACCACGGGCAGCAUUCACACCACACCUGCCACCACCGCUGCUUCUGCUGCUCUAAGGAGGUGUGAGUCUGACGAUGCGCCCUGCCUGCCCGCUCACGCAGAGCACAUGGUGCAGGGAGGGCAGGGGGGCAUGCAGGGGAGGGCAGAGCACGUGGCAGCAGCGCCACCAUCAGCAGGCGCAGCGCCCGCUCUGGCUGCCGGCACGCACAUGCCCCACCCCACGGCACUUGCCCAUCACCCACCUCUCCCCUCCGCCUUCUCUCGCCCUCUGCUGCACCUUGCUCCCACUGCCCUCGCCUCCUCUUCCCCUGCCAUGUCAGCUGGCUCUCCUGUGACGUCCGCAGGGUCGCCUGCCAUGUCAGCAGGAUCCCCAGCCUCUCUGUCCAAUGAGCGCGCGCCACGUGGCGCACAGCAGGCAGCAGCGGUGGCGGAGCUGAGGAGCAAGCUGAGGGUGCUGCUGGCGCCGCCACUGCGUGCAGUGGGGCAGGAAGGCAUGAGGGCGUGCGGGGUGGGGGAGUGUCACGAUGUGGGCAGGCAGGGAGGAGCAUGCAGUGAGGAGGCCCAACUGCCGUCAGCUGUGGCGACUGCACCGCCUGGAACCGCUGCUGACUCAGGCUCUCACUCCUCUGCCGCACAACCCACCUCUGCCCUCCCUGCCACACACGGGUACCCCCCCUCGCCUCCUCCCCUGCACCGCUCGCUCUCAGACCCACACACCCCUCGCCCCCCCACAGCGCCCUUCCCCCUCGUCUCUCCGCCCUCCCCCGGCACCCUCUCAGCGCCGCGCUCGCCAGCCCCCCCACCCUCUGCGCGCGCCCUGGGCUUUGCGUGCGCGCGCCGCCCCUUCAUGCUGCCGCCCGGUGCUGCUGAGAGCGCUGGGAGGCCGCGCACUGCAGAGGGGGGGAGAGGAGGGAGGGGUGUGCGGGCGUUGACGUCAGUGGGGCACCGGGGGCUGCUGCCACGGGGCGUGCAUGCAGGGGGGCCAGCAGCAGCGGCAGCAGCAGCAGCAGCCGGGGGCGCAGGCAGCCAUUCUGCUCUGACGGCGCGGGAGGUGCUGGCGGCGCUGCGGCGCGUGCCGGGGCCGUACAGCUCAGGGCGGUUCGACGAGGUGGAGGGCGUCGAUGACGCCCUGCUGGGCGCCGCUGCCACGCCGCGCUUAGCAGGGGGAGGCGCGGGUGGUGGCGGUGGUGGGCGGCGGAAGAGGUUCAGCGUGCUGGCUGUGGCGCGGGAGGUGGUGGAGCGGGACGGGGCAGGGGGAGGUGGGGGCAGUGGUGAUUAUGCGAGUGGAGGGGACGGGGAGAGAGGAAAAGGUGGUGGUGCGGAGGAGGGCGGAGGAGAAGUUGAGGAAGGCAGGGAGGACUCAGAGAUCGAUGGCGAUGGGGAGGGCGAGGAGGCGGCACGUGUGCGUAUGGAGUGGAGGCGGGUGAGGAAGGAGAGGCAGCUGGUGGAGCAGGAGAGGGGCGAGGUGCAGCGCGUGCAGGGCGAGGUGGCUCGCUUCAAGCAGUGGGCGGCGGAGGAGCAGCAGCGGCUGCAGGAGGAGAAGCAAAAGGCCAACAGUAUGAGUGAAGCCCCCCACCUGCGCCCACCACAGGUGGAGGCGGAGAAGCAGCGCCUGGCGCCCUUUGAGGCGCGCCACCGCGCCUGCCAGCACCGCAUCGCAGCGCAGGACGCCGCCACGGCCGCCCUGCGAGCGCAGGCCAGCGCGGCCGCCACGGCCACGGCGCAUGUGGCGGCGCACACGCACGCCCUGCGCUGCCACCUCGCCUCCGCCGCCCACCUCCUCGCCGCCACCAAGCAGCGCCUCGCUCACGACCGCGCCUCCGUGGCUGGCGCUCUGGCUCGGGCUGCCGAGGCUGAGGAGCGGGCGCAGGCUGCGGAGAGGAGGUUCGGGAAGAUGCCGUGGGAGGUGCGGAGCGCUAGUGGCGUGGCGCGGGCGGUGCAUGGCGUGGCGGGCCGGCAUGGGUCGUCCUUGCAGCGCCUGCACGCCCCCGCCAUGCGCCUGGCUCGCGUGGUGGCCAUGGCAUGGCGGGGCGGCACGGGUGAGGGGGCGGGGAAGGGGGCGGGGGUGGAGGAGAAAGGGGAGUUGUGGGGCGAAGUGGGGGAAAUGGCGGAGGGGCGAGAGGAGGGCGUGCACGGGGGAGGGGAGGAGGGGGAGGGGAAUGCAUGGCCAGGGUGGAGUGCGAGCAAGGAAGGGAUGGUGGUGGGAGAGGGACAGCGAAGCGAGCAGCGAUGUGUGGAGGGCAAGGCGCGUGGGUUGAAAGGGGAGCAGGUGGCAGGCGUGGCGCGCGAGGUGAUGCGCGCGCUGCUGCUGGCAGCCCGGGCGGCGAGCGACAACGCCUCGCGGGUGCUGUUCUGGUGGUCCAACACGGCCCUGCUGCGCUCCGCCCUGGCGCCCCUGGUGGCGGAGGAGCAGAGGAGGAAAGGGGAGGAGGGCAGGACGGGUGAGGGGGCCACAGGUGAAGGAGGGGCAGGUGGUGGUGGUGUUGGGAAUGGUGCUGCUGCUGCGAAUGGUGGUGGUGCAUGCUGGCCCGGCACAGGUGAUGGCGACCGGGGAGAGCACCCGGAGCACCCAGAGCGCCCUGAGGACCCGUGGGGCAGCUUGGCUCACCUUGAGUCGCAGCUGCUGCAGCUGGAGCAAUGGCAGCACGACAGGUGUCUGCACCUGGUGUGGACACGUGUCUUCCUGCCAGCCAUGCAGCAGCGCCCCCCUGUGCUGCCGCCUCCCUUCCACCCGCCAUCACACACCCCCCCCUUCACCCCCUCGUGGUCCUCUGCCUUGCUCUGCUCCACCUCUGCCGCCCAGCAGUCGUCCCUCUGGCCCUUCUCCACCCCUGCGCCCCCGCCGCCCUCACUCAGAGCGGAGGAGGUGCAGGCGCCCUGGUGGGCGGGGCUGAGUGGUACAGAGCGGUGGGUGGCGGUGCUGCACGAGGCGGCUGCCAUGCUGUGCCCCCACAGGGCCAUGGGGCACCACUGCGGCUGCCUUUACCCUCUUUUUAAGCAGGUGCUGCAGCAGUGCCAGCAGCGGCUGGACGCGGCGCUCUUCAACGCGCUGCUGCGCUCCGGCAACGACGUGCUCUCCACCGACCCUGCCGCCGACCCUCUCACCGACCCUGCCGCCCUGCCCUUCCCCGCCAAUGGCCGCUUCUGGGCCGCCCAAGGGGGGCUGCUGAAACACACUGUGUUGGAGUGGACUGACUUCCUCGCAGACAUGGACGCGCAUGUCGCCUCACACUGCCACGCCGCCGCCGCUGCUGCUGCCGCACAUCCCGGGGCCGCCCGCGCUUCGCCCCCGUCGCCCAUCGUCCCCCCGCCCACCAUCCCGCUCUCCUUGCUCUCCUCCGCUCGCUUCUGGGCGGGCCAGCUGGAGCUCUUUGAUUGGCCAGAGGGCGCAGAGGGGCAGGGCGGGGCAGGAAAGCAAGGACAUGGAAAUGGACUGGUGGGGCAGGGAGAGGGGUGGAGAGCGGUGACAGGUGGUGAUGCCAUGGCAGGUGCAGCGGCGCGGAGCAGUGGGGGGUGUGAAGCGGGCACGGGUCAGAGAGGGCACGACCCCGCGGCGCUGCUGCUGCUGGAAGGGCGCGAGGGGAAAGGAGGGGAGGAGAGAGGCGUGGAGCAGCAGCUGAUAGGCGGGCGAGUGGAGUGCUUCCCACUGCUGCGCGCGCUGGCCCACGUGCUGCUGCUGCCCAAGAAGGCCCUCUGCGACCGCCCUGUGCGCCGCGAGGUGUACGCCACCAUCCCGGCGCCGCUGCUGCAGCGCGUGGUGAGCAUGUGUGUGGAGCAGCCGUCCCACCCCGACCCCAUCCCUCCCGUGCUGCUCGACAUGCUGCAUGCCGAGGCCGCCCCCGACGUUAGGCUGCCCCACGUUCUGCUGUACAUGAUCAGGCAUCACAUGCAUUGUCUGUUCUCUCACCUGCAAGCCCAUCCCCCCAUUCCGCCCCUCCCACCUCCCGCUGCUCCUGCUGCCCCUCCUCGCCUGCACCCUCCCCAGGCCAACACCUCUGCCCACGCCAUCCACUUGCUGCCAGUCUUCGACCCCGCCCCCCUGCCCCCCACGCCCUACUGCCCGCCGCCCACCUCCGCCCUGCAUGCGCUGCUGGGGGUGGCUGCACCGGGCGCGGUGGGCGUGCAGCAGGGGGGGCUGGAGGGCGGGAAGGGGGCACGGCACGGAGAGGUGCCGAUGGAGUGA